AUGGACGGGAUUCUCACUAAUGGCAACGGAGAGGUCCGUCCUCCGGAACCUCCUCCGGAGCCAGUCGAGCGUCCCCCAACGCCUCCUCCAGCUCCGCCAGCUGACUCCGCCCCUCCACCACCACCUCCUCCGCCUCCGAUGGACGACGACGCGGCCGCUCCUCCACCUCCUGCAGAUACAGAUGUCGCCGCGCCUCCUCCACCGCCUGAGGAAGCACCUCCCCCUCCUCCCCCUGCGGCAGACGUGCCGAAGAAGAAGAAAGGCUGGGGAUCCUCGAGUUCGGCGCCCAAACCUCUGAGUGUGGAGGAGCUCUUGCGCAAGAAGAGAGAAGCCGAUGCGGCGGCUGCUAAGCCCAAGUUCCUCUCGAAAGCGGAGCGAGAGCGCAUCGCCCUCGAGAAACGCGCCAAAGAAGUCGAAGCAGAACGACGGGCAAAAGCGGAGCGAGAUCUGCCUACGAAUGAUGUCGACCGUAACGGAACGACGGCCAAUGGGAAUGCAAAUGGUGACGCCAAGUCGAUUCCGACGGGGCCACGCGCGUUGCGCAACGGAGAGAUUCCUACGGCGCCGGCUGCCAUGCGCAAGGAACAGGCGAACAAGGAUUACGACAUGUCACCUCCGCAACCGCCCAAACCCAUUGCGUUCGGCAAGGAGGAUUCCAAGGGCGAGAAGCGGAGCGCAGAGGAGGAAGCAGAGGCUGCUCUGAUUCGGCAGCGGUAUAUGGGUGCAGACCAGACGUCCAGUUUCUCCGCGAAGAAGAAGCGCAAGCGGACGACGGAGAGGAAGUUCAACUUCGAGUGGAGUGUUGAUGAGGAUACGAGUGGUGAUUACAACCCGCUCUAUCAGAACCGGCAAGAGGCCAAUUUCUACGGGCGCGGUCGUCUGGCCGGGUUUGGCGAUGAUGUCGCAGAUAACCUCACGCGGAGGUACGCCAAAGCACUGGAAGAUCGCGACCGGGAAGCAGGUAGUAUCCGGGCUCGGGAAAUCCUGGAAAUGGAGAGAAGACGGAAAGAGGAGAGCAGCCGGAACGCCAUCGACAAGCACUGGAGCGAAAAGAGGCUGGACCAGAUGCGCGAGCGAGACUGGCGGAUCUUCAAAGAAGACUUCAACAUCAGCACCAAGGGUGGCAGCAUACCGAACCCGAUGCGGUCGUGGGAAGAAUCUGGUCUCCCUCGGCGGUUGCUCGAUCUCAUCUACAAGGUCGGCUAUACCGAACCAACGCCCAUCCAAAGAGCGGCCAUCCCGAUCGCCUUGCAGUCGCGAGACCUCAUUGGUGUGGCUGUCACUGGUUCGGGUAAAACUGCAGCUUUCCUGCUCCCUCUGUUGGUGUAUAUUUCAGAGUUGCCUCGGCUAGAUGAGUUUGAGUGGAGGAAAAACGAUGGUCCCUACGCCAUCAUUCUGGCGCCGACACGUGAAUUGGCGCAGCAGAUUGAGAUUGAAGCGAAAAAGUUUGCCGAUCCGCUUGGCUUUACCGUCGUCAGUAUCGUCGGUGGGCACUCGCUGGAAGAGCAAGCGUACAGCCUGCGGAAUGGUGCUGAAAUCAUCAUCGCGACGCCCGGUCGUCUGGUCGACUGUCUGGAACGACGGAUGCUGGUUCUGGCGCAGUGCUGCUACGUCAUCAUGGACGAAGCCGAUCGGAUGAUCGACCUCGGGUUCGAAGAGCCGGUCAACAAGAUCCUGGAUGCGCUUCCGGUGUCGAACGAGAAGCCCGACACGGAGGAAGCGGAGGACUCGCGCGCGAUGAGCCAGCACAUCGGAGGGAAAGAGCGGUACCGCCAAACGAUGAUGUACACGGCGACGAUGCCGCCGGCAGUCGAACGGAUCGCACGGAGGUAUCUGCGGCGGCCGGCGAUCGUCACGAUCGGAAACGUGGGCCAGGCGGUCGACACGGUCGAGCAGCGGGUCGAGUUCAUCGCGGGCGAAGACAAGCGCAAGAAGCGGCUGGCGGAGAUCCUCAUGUCGGGCGAGUUCCAGCCGCCGAUCAUCGUGUUCGUCAACAUCAAGCGCAACUGCGACGUGAUCGCGCGCGAAAUCAAGCAGUGGGGCUUCUCGGCCGUCACGCUGCACGGCAGCAAGACGCAGGAGCAGCGAGAGGCGGCGCUGGCGUCGGUGCGCAACGGGACGACAGACGUCCUGGUGGCAACGGACCUGGCCGGCCGUGGUAUCGACGUGCCGGACGUCAGUCUGGUAGUGAACUUCAACAUGGCGACCAACAUCGAGAGCUACACGCACCGCAUCGGUCGAACAGGUCGUGCCGGCAAGAGCGGUGUGGCCAUUACCUUCUUGGGCAACGAGGAUGCCGACGUGAUGUACGACCUCAAACAAAUGCUCAUGAAAUCCUCCGUCUCCCGCGUCCCCGAAGAACUCCGCAAGCACGAAGCCGCGCAGUCCAAGCCGACCCGCGGUGCCGGUGCGGCGGCCAAACAGCAGAAGGUCGAGGAGAGCGGUGCGUUUGGUGGGAAGGGCGGCGGAUUGUGGUAA